CUCAACGGGAACCACUCAAUCGGCAAGAUGCCGGAACCUGCCAAGUCCGCUCCAGCUGCGAAAAAAGGCUCGAAGAAAGCGGUCACCAAGACCCAGAAAAAAGGGGAUAAGAAACGGAAGAGAGCCAGGAAGGAGAGCUACUCCAUCUACGUGUACAAGGUGCUGAAGCAGGUGCACCCGGACACCGGCAUUUCGUCCAAAGCCAUGGGCAUCAUGAACUCCUUCGUGAACGACAUCUUCGAGCGCAUCGCCGGGGAGGCGUCCCGCCUGGCGCACUACAACAAGCGCUCGACCAUCACGUCCCGGGAGAUCCAGACCGCCGUGCGCCUGCUGCUGCCCGGGGAGCUGGCCAAGCACGCCGUGUCCGAGGGCACCAAGGCUGUCACCAAGUACACCAGCUCCAAGUAAACCUGAUCACCAAACACAUUCGAAAUGGCUCUUUUAAGAGCCGCCCACCUUUUCAAUUAAAGAGCUGCUAUCGUU